AAUCAUGUGGGCGUUUUGUGCAGUGCGCGAUUGCGCACGCCGAGUACACACCGCUGAGAGGAACAUGACGCUUGCAAAAUAAUCACAGUGAAAAGAUUAUGUAGCUACAUAAAUAAAACAGAACAUAUCGUUGUUUAAGUUUUACCCUUCAUAAAAUCAUUGGACUCGCGUCAGAAACCUAGGCUCGAAAUCAUGACUACCUGGUCGGAAAAAAUGCUCCAGGUGCUUCGCCGAAUGAAUAACUUUUAUUCGCCAGGCUCCAGUCGCACCACAUGCCUUCGGUUUGAGGUGGGAGGAGAGCAAGUUGGGUGGGUGCCUUCCAAAGUGGCGUCCAUUUUGAGUACAUUUCCAGAGGUCUUCAAUCCACCACAAGGCGGCGCUAUUACUCUAUGCCAAAAUCUAGACUCCUAUGGGAGGAGGUCAGAUGCUGUAGAUUCUGUUCUUCAGUCACUUAGGAGGGAAGGCUUGUUGACUGUCUUGAAAGGAUGGAGAGAUGAGAAGUAUGAAGUAAUGCCCAGAUUCUGCGACACUCCACUAAUGUGUAUGGAGAGAUCUGCCACAAGCCUUUUUGGAGUGAAACGGUAUGGAGUCCAUAUUAAUGGGUACUGCCAGGGUGAAAAUGGGGAACUCAGGAUGUGGGUGGGACGACGAUCCAUGACCAAGCAGACCUACCCUGGAAAACUGGACAACCUGGCAGCUGGGGGACUAGCAGCAGGUAUCGGUGUGAAAAACACCCUGAUCAAGGAAUGUGAGGAGGAGGCCUGCAUCCCAGAAGACAUAGCAGAGACUGCCCGCCCCGUGAGCACAGUGAGCUAUACUUAUGAGGAUGAGGAAGGGGUGUUUCCUGAAAGCCAGUUUGUGUUCGACUUGGAGCUACCUCCUGAGUUCAAGCCUAAGAUAGGGGAUGGGGAGGUGCAAGAGUUCUACCUCUACUCCAUGGACAAGGUGAAAGAACUGCUGAUCAGUGACGACUUCAAGCCCAACUGUGCCAUGGUGGUCCUAGACUUCCUCAUCAGACAUUCCUACAUACAGCCUGAUACAGAUGUAGCUACGUUUCUGCCUCGUAUCUGAAAAGCAGAAAUAAAAACCCCACUGCUAUUUGAACGAACAUUCCAAAGUAAAUAUUUUGUAGGCUACAACAUGUCUGUUGUGAAUAAGAAUAUGGCAAAAGCACAAGCAGGGCGCAGUCUACAUAUUGCAUGAGGGAAAAACAGUCUGGUUUAACCACACUGUACAUCUGGGAUGUAGCCUCAUUUUUACCGUUAUGCUGCCAUAUCGUAGCCUGAGUUGCUGAAAAAUAACAUGACUGCCACCUGUUUUGUCAAUGCUUGCAAUGAUGGUGAACUCCCCACCUGAGUUUUGCAUUGGGGCAAAACAAUCUGCGUAACAGGUUAAAACUGUUAUUUCGCAAGUACCACAGGAUAUGAUUGAAAUUUGCCAGAGUAGCUGUUCCACCUAUGGGCAACCAAACGUUAUAGGCAGCCGAAGUGUGUACAGUCGUGGCCAAAUGUUUUGAGAAUGACACAAAUAUUAAUUUCCACAAAGUUUGCUGCUUCAGUGUCU